CGAUUACAAGUGGUGGUCAAUUUACUGCACAUACUGUAAGAUUUGACGCAGCAAGCAAUUUACGGAGUCGUCACAGGUAAAGAAUGAAAGAUAUAUUUAUUGCCUAGCUACAAACUAGAAUUAGAAUAAAUCAAUAAACAAAAAUAGAUUUGAUCCAAAAGAUAAGGAUAAAUCAGCUGCCGAAAUUGAAGAUGAUAUUUAUUGUAGACGAAUAAGUAAGGCGCAAAGUAAACUACAGAAAUUAAAAAAUGAAGUGAAAGAUAAUAAGCAAGCAGAAAAACACCGUUUAGAGGAAAUAGAAUUUCUUGAAGACUGCUUAAAGCUACGCAAUCCAAUUCAAAGUACCGAAUGGAAAUUUAAUUCAAUUCCAGAUAAAUCAUUGAAAAAGGUAUCAAAGCGACUAUGGAAUGAAAAUGAUAUGUGGGAAUACGCAAUUCAAACCUUUAAAACUGAUCUCAAAUAUUGGAGCUAUUGUAUACCUCCAGGAUACAACACUCAAUAUAAAUUCCCUCUUGAGUUUAAGGAUCCAAUUAUAGAUAAGCACUUAAUUGAAGAAGAAAAGACGUUAAAGGAAUUACCUCCUUUGACUAAAAAAGAUUCAGAUCAAAGCUUUUAUUCUGAUUCUUCUCUGUAUGAAAAAACAAAUGCAACAUGGUCAUUGUGUAAUCAGGAUAAUAAUGAUAUAAACAAAGAAGAAAUAAAUACAAAUAUAAUCCAAAGCAGAACUUCAUCAAUAAAUAACAGCAAAGAGGAGAUUCCAUCUAUUAAGGUGAGAAGAAAUAUACACCAUAUUCCACCUAUUAUUACAAGACAUGAAGAUACCAUAUCAAGUAAACCAAAUGCAGUUAAUAUGAAUACACCUGAUUCAUUUCAUACUGCUCCAUUAACAGAGGAUAAUUUAGAACGACAAAUAAGCAGGAAUCCUUUUGAAACGACACUAUUUGUACAAAAUUCUCCUGUUGCAACUCCUCAGUCGACCAAUCCAUUUGAAGCAUCAUCUUUGUUUAAUGAGCACGAAGAAUUAAACUCCUAUAACAAUACAGUGAAUGCCUUUCAUUCAACAAAUCCAUUUGAAUAUGAAUCCUUGCCUGUUACACCUAUUAUAAGUAAUCGAAGAAGCAAUGAUUUACAGGAAGAACACAUUAACAAAGAAAGUCCUCAUAGAGAUAAUGGGAUAAGACCAGCCAUACAUCAAUUAAGUUUAAGUCUAUCAAGACACAGUUUGAAUAACUUAGAAGAUAAGCAGAAAUCAUUGAAAAAGGAAAGUAAUCAUCAUAAACUUAAGAAUCCUUUCAAGCGAAUAUUAUCUCGCUACUCAAGCAGCAAAGAGGAAGAUAAUCAAGCUGAACAAUAAGCAAAACUAGGAUACAAUAAAUAGGCUUAUUGCAGCAAAUUGAUAACCUAUCCAUUAACAUACUUUGUAUAAACUAUUUUAUAUUACACAUACAAACAUAUUUUUUAAUAUUUUUUAAGAAUAAUAUUAUAUUCAUGUAUAGUUGAUUUGAUUAAGAAAUAAGCAGUAGCAGUGAUAUAUAAU